AUGGAGGGUUUUGUUUCCCAAACUCAGAGUUUACAGGCUCUGUCUGCUCUGUUAUCAACUCAACAGGAGGAAGAAGAAGAAGAGAGCAAAAAGGUUACAAUAUUCACACAGCUAGGUCCUGGACACAUUGGUCCCCCACCCACAAAAGAUAAAGACGUGACCACUGCCUAUGUGAAGAGGAACAAUAAAGACAUCUGGAGCGAGGAGGGGGUUGCUGACAGCUGCUCUGAUGAUCUGACUGACCUGCGGCCACAGCCCGAGUAUGAAAUGAUCCUGAAGCAGAGUGUGGGGACAGAGGAUGUCUUCUUGGGAUUGAGUAGAAGGAAUCCAUCAUCCAUGUGCUGUGAAGCCAUGCUGGUGAAAAUCAAACUGCCAGACACUGAAGUAACAGAUGUGGUCCUGGAGGUAAAAGAGAAGUUCCUUGAUCUACGGACACCAAAGCACAAACUGGGUCUCCAUCUCCCCAACGCUGUCCAUAGCCACAAGGGCAGAGCUCAAUUCUUCAGCGGGCGAGAGGAGCUGGAGGUGACGUUGUUUCUGAAGUGGCCCAUGGAUUUGAUCAACAUGCGAUAA